ACAAGCAAAGCGCAUCGGACAGGAUUGCAGAUACGAAUCCAUUUGAUUCAAUGGAAAACAGAGACAAAGUGAAGCUCGCUCUCAAACUAACAAUCGCUACUUGCAUCACGCUUGCGGUCUCCAUCUUCGUUGCAUCGAAACUCCAUAAUCAUCGGAAACGAAAUCGCCGAAAAACUUCGCCUUCUCCGUGCUAUCUCAAAGCGGAAUCCAAACCUCAGUACACUUUCAAGCGCGUCUUGGCUGACAAUUCCUAUUCUUCCUUCAAACACCUCAAGCUCAAUGCCACAAAUACUUCAACCUCUGAGGAAUGUGUGAAUUUGCAUCCAUACAAAGCGGAGAUUUCGGCCUUAUUGAAGGAACCUAAUGUGGAGGUUUUGGAGCUUUUUAAUGAGAAUUUGGAGGAAUUGACGAGCCGUGAUUCGUACGUGUGGGUGGAGACGGAGUCGCAGUUGCAGGAGCUGGCGGAGGUGUUGAGUGGUGAGAGAGCAUUUGCUGUCGAUACGGAGCAGCAUAGUUUGAGAUCCUUCUUAGGUUUCACCUGUUUAAUUCAGAUAUCAACUAAGAGGGAGGACUAUCUUGUGGAUACAAUAGCCCUGCAUGACAUGAUGGGAAUUCUUCGGCCUAUAUUUGCUAAUCCAGAGAUUUGUAAGGUAUUCCAUGGUGCUGAUAAUGAUGUUCUCUGGCUUCAAAGAGAUUUUCAUAUAUACGUUGUUAAUCUAUUUGACACGGCAAAGGCGUGUGAUGUUUUGUCUAAACCACAAAGGUCGUUGGCAUAUUUGUUGGAGACAUAUUGUGGUGUUGUCACAAAUAAACAACUACAGAGAGAAGACUGGAGGCAACGUCCUUUACCAGCAGAAAUGGUGCUAUAUGCUCAAAAUGAUGCACACUAUUUGUUGUACAUUGCACAUUGUCUUUUUACAGAGCUCAAGCAAAAAGAUUCAGAAAAUUCAUCACAUCUCAAUGACAAGUUCAAUUUUGUUCUUGAGGCUACCCGCCGUGCAAAUACAACUUGUUUGCAACUUUUCUCAAAAGAGCUUGAAGCUUAUCCUGGAGAUUCUGCUGCUUCAUCAAUAAUUUCUCGAUAUCAGCAUGAUCAAGGAAACCUUCCAUCCAGCUCUUUUGACAAAAAGUUUCAGGACCUUGUGAGGCAAUUAUGUGCAUGGAGAGAUAUUAUGGCUCGUGUGCAUGAUGAAAGCUUGAGAUACGUUUUAUCUGAGCAUGCAAUUGUUGCACUGGCAUCUAAAGCCCCUACAGAAGUUAGGGAUAUAUGCAAUACUGUAUCUGAAGCUGAUGCAAAUGGAGAUCACGUGACACCAUUCCAAUCUCUAUCCCCUUUAGUUUGUAGUCAUUUGGAAGACUUCAAUCACUUAUUUCAAGAUGAAAUAGGUGACGAUGAUGAAAACCUUCUGCUAAUUCUUCAAAAAUGCUUAGGUGCUAAUGGGAGUUGUCCUCUCUCUAUCUAUAAUUAUGCUUUAUUGUCCAAGACUAGCUUGAAAGUAGCCAAUAGAUCUGUGGUCAAGAAAAAUGGAUUUAAAACUGCAAGGUGCGUGGCUCGAAAGGCUUCCCGAGAGUUGUUUGUCCAAAAAUUCUCUUGUAAAUCUCCAGUCUACCACAACUGUAGGAUCUAUGCAAAUGAUGGCCGAUUAUUAUGUUACUGUGAUCGUAGAAAGCUUGAGUGGUAUGUAAACAGGAACUUGGCAAAACUUGUUGAAGAGGAACCUCCUGCCAUAAUGCUUCUUUUUGAACCUAAAGGUCGUCCAGAGGAUGAGGACAAUGACUUCUAUAUUCAAAGUAAGAAAAAUAUAUGUGUUAGCUGUGGUGAAGGAAAUCACUAUUUACGGUACCGUAUUAUACCGUCAUGCUACAGAAUGCACUUUCCAGAACAUUUAAAGAGCCACCGAUCUCAUGAUAUUGUCCUCCUUUGUGUGGACUGCCAUGAAAUUGCUCAUGCUGCUGCUGAAAAAUACAAGAAAGAGGUAGCAGCAGAGUUUGGAAUACCACUCUUUGUCCGUAAAGUUUUUGAUUCUAGCCAAAUGCAAAAUACAUCUGCAUCCAAUGCUAACAUAGAAGAGGACGGUGUACCUCCUUUACAAUUGCGUACAGCAGCAAUGGCUUUGUUGCGUCAUGGUUCAAGAAUGCCAUCUAGGCGACGGGAAGAAUUAGAAGAGAUUGUGAGGAAUUACUAUGGAGGAAGGGAGAUAACAGAGGGAGAUCUAGAAAAAGCUUUGCUAAUAGGAAUGAGUCCCCAUGAGAGAAGACGAUUUGAGAAAAAAAAGAAGCUUGCUUCUAAACAGCCCACAACAGAUGUUGGUUCAGAUGAUAAUCAAGAGCCUAGCAGUGAUGCCAAGGCAGAAUUUGCCCCCACGGAUGAAUUGUUAAAUAGAACUGAGAGCUGUUGUAACAAAGAAGAUACAAACACUGUGGUGUUGACGGAGAUGGAUAUUGACAACCAAUCUUUGCCUUCUAAUGCUGAAGUUAACUGUGAGGUACCUGUUGCCAAUGGCAAGGAUUUGACAAACAAAAGUGAAUUUUCAGUGAGUGAUCACAUAUCUGAUCCUGAUUCCAUUAUAGCUGAAAAUGGAAAUAUAUCUAGUGAGAGCGGUUUAGUUCAAUCCAAUAAUGAUGUUAACCUUAAGCAACACCCAAAGUUAUCGCUAUUGGGGCAUGGACCACAUGGAAAGCAGGUUGUGGAAUUUAUACUAAAGGAACAUGGGGAAGAGGGGGUUAGUGAAUUUUGUCAGAGGUGGAGGCAAGUUUUUGUUGAAGCCCUUCAACCCCGUUUCUUACCUGGUGGCUGGAAUGUAAUGCACAGUGGUAAAAGAGACUUCGGAGAGUUUAGCGUCUAUAAACCUGAGAAAAGAGUUACUGCUGAUGCUGAGGAAUAGGGAUACUGCAGGGAAGAUCAAGCAACCUUCUCAUCCGUUUUUCUCCCUUGAUUUGUCAAGGGAAGGUGCUGUCUGAAAUUAACCAUUGGCAGUUUUUGUUUUAAAUGUAAGCUCGGUUUGUUGUACCAGUUCUUAUCAUGUACUUCGUAUGUGCUUGCCCGUAUCUUGUAGCCACUAUUUGUUUUAAAACUCGCCAGUUCAACAUGGUAAAAACAUUGUUAUAA